UUAAAGUGGUCUAUAAGAUAAAGUAUAUGUCAGUCAAGAAAAUCAGUGAAAUUGUCCAGUUCCAAUUGUCCAGAAACGUUUAAUACAAUGAAGCACGAAUGCUCAAAUUGCCAUGUUUGGAGUAAUUGUUACAGGGAACUUACUCCUAAACUGUAUGAUUAUGCAGCGGAAAGGAGAAUAAAAUUGGAUAAAAGCUGUUCCCACAUUUGUAAUACCUGCUAUUGCCGACUUUAUCGCAUUAUCAAGAAAAGAAACGAGCCAGCAGCUCCAAGUGCAGUUAAUAUAGAAUGUGAAAAUCAAGAACUCACCGUUUCUGAACCAUCGAAACUUGAUGAUCUCGCCGUUGCCGGACCAUCAGACACCAAUAAUUUCGCCGUGGCGGGACCAUCUAGAGUGAACAAUUUCGCCGCACCAGCAAACAUCAAUAAUGGUGGUUUCGAAAUAAUCGAUCCCAAUGCCGCUGGAUCAUCGGAAAUUGACGCUGUUCCUAGUGUUGAAUCUUUGUUUUCUUUGGAAUCAACGAGUGCUGAAUCAAUUGGUAGCUGGUAGAAUGUUAAAUUAAUGUUUAAAACCCUUAAGGACAAGAAACUUAUUCAUAACCAUUUAAAAACGUAUAAUGACUUGUUUUUUAAAAUACUUUGUGAAAAUCCUACAGAGAAAUGUUGGUUGAAAACCUGUGCUCAUUGCCCGGGUACGCAGACACUGGAGAAUGACCUGAUGCAUUUUCUUGAAAAUGUCGAUUCCUUAGAAUUUAAACAAUG